UAAAUGUCUUUUAGGGGAAUAAAGUGAGCAUAUAUAGUCACUGGUUUAGUCGUCUUCUCAGAUUUAUUCAUACAAACUUACAAAGCAAAGAGAGAGACAUAUGGCUACAGAAACAAUCAUACAAGGAGCAAUUUUGGCACUGACCUUUGUUACGUUUUGGGCGAUUAAGUAUCUCUCUCAACGAGGCCUGACCAAAUUCCGAACCAAACACCGAGCCACACUCCAAACCCAGCGUCAGCUCAUCCAAGCCUCACGUCUCCUCGCUCGUGCCCGAAGCACACCUAAGAAAUCCCAAUCUCAAUCUCUCGCCAAGACGGCGCUCACUGAAGCCGACGAUGUGAUCUCACUUUCACCAGACGAUGCAGCCGGUCACAUCGUCCGUGCCUUAGCUCUAGAUCUGCUUGGUCACCACACCUCUGCUCUCAAAUCGUUCGAUACGGCCCUGACUUAUCCACGCUUGAAGUCUCUUUCAGUGGGAGAACGCGCCGAUGCGCUCGUUAAAAGAGCUGAGAUGAAGCUGGCUGUGAAUCGGCGACGGAGGAUUGACUCGGCGAUUGAGGAUCUGGAAGAGGCGGUGAGGCUCGCCGCCGGCACGGAUACGGCGAGACUAUUCCGUCUACUGGGCGAGUGUUAUGAAUUCAAGGGCUUGAAUGAAAAGGCCCAUUGGGCUUUUAAUGAAGCUUUAAAAGUCCAACCAAGUUCAACAACAGCUCGUGAAGGAUGAGAAAAGGAUCAGUCUUAUAUUUCUUCUUGUACCCUGCUAUUUUUCACUAUUUUCGUUUCGUGACUAUAAAUUAGUAAGAUGUUUUGAUGACACA